AUGGGUAAGCGUUCAAGAUCCAAGAAAGGUGCUACGGUAGAAUUGGCUUGUCUGGGGGAGCCUCUGGCCGAGUUACGGUUCACGGAGCCACUUUUUCAGAUGGCUUUGCAUCCUACCAAACCUAUUAUCUUGAGUGGUCUGGCCACUGGGUUCGUGUACUGUCAUUCUUAUGAUGCUGGGAAAUUACAAGAGACUGUUAAUGAGAACAAGAAGAAAGUGAUUGUCGAGGGUGAAAAUAAGCCAUUUUGGACGAGUAUCGAUGUCGAGAAACAGGAGACUACAGAUGCCAUCACAUUGAUGUGGAGGACUAGAAGACAUAAAGGUAGUGUGCGUUGUUUGUGUUUAGACCCUGAGGGAGAAUAUGUAUACUCUGUUGGGACGGAUAACGUAUUGAAGAAAGCAGUGACAGGGACUGGUAAAGUGGUGAAGAAGACUAGUUUCAAGGACCAAAAGCUGAAGUUUACAAAGAUGAUCAGAUCUCCUACACAUGCAUAUUUGUUACUUGGGGACGAGGAUGGGAACGUCAUGGUUUUGAACAGUGACACACUCGAGCUAACCAACAAGGUGCACAAGAUUCAUGGCGGGGAUGCCAUCAACGAUAUUUUCCAAUUUGCCAAGCGUUCUGUACAUAAGUACAUCUCUGUGGGGCAAACUACGAUGGGGUACUGGGACGCUCGUGAAUCGAACGAGUCGGAUUUGCAAAUUCCAGACGACGACGAAGAUGCGAAACGUAAAGUGCUGCUGAGUGAUGAUCAGGAGGAUGAAAUUCUAUGUGGUACUUUUGUAGACCCGGAAGCCGGAGAUACAAUCGUUUGCGGUAUGGGUGAGGGUGUCUUGACUGUCUGGAAACCACAGAAGAAUGAUCUGGAAGAUCAAGUUAACAGGAUCAAGAUUUGCCCGAACGAAAGUAUCGAUUGUAUCGUGCCGACUUUGCAGGACGAUAACGGUGUGUGGUGCGGUGGUUCGAGUGGAAACCUCUACCGAGCCGAUGUCAAGGGUGGACGUGUUGUUGAGGUAAGACGCCACAGUGAUAUCGACGAAGUGACAUUUCUCGAUUUGGAUUACGAGUAUAGAGUAGUAUCUGGUGGUAUGGACAAGAUCGUUCUAUGGCAUUCUGUUUCUGAGGACGAGGAUCAGAAAGAAAACGAGUCGAGCGACGAAGAUCAAAGUAAUGAAGAGGAAAUUGAAGUCGACACUUCUGAUGAUGAAUCGGCAAGUGAUGACAGCGACACAAUGGUUGGUCUUUCGAGAGUGGAACUAAUUGCAGAGCUCGACAAAGAUUUACAAGGCUCCAGUGAAGAAGAAGAGGAAAAGAAGGAGAAGCCCAAGAACAAGAAGAGAAGAGUUCCAGGGAAGCUAGCCGCCUCACAUGGCAUAACAAAGUUUGAGGGUUUGUAG